AUGACUGCCUUAAACGAGACCCAGAUCCUUGAAGUAUGCGGUGCCAACUUCUUGCCAAGUACCCACGCGCGCAAAGCCUUACAACCACAGUCGCCCGAGAAGAUACAAAUGCUAGUUGGUAUAUUUUUGGCUUGCAUGGCAGCGGCAUCACUAAUAGUUGCAAUUGGUGUUGACUCCAUGAAAAGAUAUGACAACGAACACAACCGGUCAGGGCUGAGUCCUUCAGCCAUGACGCUCCUUGCUGCCACUUUAAAGCUGCAAAUGGAUCCCAACCAGCUGAUGCUUAUCGUCAUCAACGUCUUCAUAGGCCUGCAGCAGGCGUUCUUCGGUGCCGAUUUUACAGCUGCAUUCGUUUCUUGUGUCAUCGGUACUGGCAAUAUUGGAUUCGUUAUGAUAACCUUCGGUAUAGCGAACGCGGUCGGCUGCAUCGUUACUGGGUACAUAUCAAAGGUGGGCAAAUAUACAGAACCGGGCAGGGUCCUUGCGGUAACUGGUCGUUUUCCUCUGAUAUGCAUGGCAGUCAUAUUACAGGCGGGUCUGCUUGUAUCCAUACUAACCUGGAAGCCACAUCCAGGUGAUGCCUACCUACUAUACGUGAUCGCCGUGCUCUGGGGGCUCUGUGAUUCUGUCUGGAUCAUUCAGAUCAAUGCGUACUACGGCGUUUUAUUCCCUGGCAGAGAAGAAGCGGCAUUCUCCAGCUACAGACUCUGGGAGUCUUUUGGCUACAUCAUUGCAUACGUCAUGUCUCCAUACCUGAGGGCUGAGGCGAAGAUUUACCUGCUAAUUGCGAUGAUGACUGUUGGCACAACCUGCUAUUUCGUGGUAGAAUAUAUGGACAGAAGAAAGAAAAAGUUGCAAGAAAAAAAUUAUGCCGAACUUACAAAGGUCCAA